GGUAACAAGAUCCAUUUUCCACCCCGGACACAUGAACCCAGACUGGUUUUUCACAAGCUGCUGUUGUUAUUUUGGAGACUUCCGCGACACACUGGGCGUCAUGCAGCUGUGAAAAACACCGGAUACGACAGCCGUUACCAGGUGAAAGACUUCCGUUGAGAAGUCGGGCGCCGGGGGUGAACCGUUUCAGUCGAUAUUUACUCGAAAGCAGCGGCAUGUAGGUCAGUUUUCAUGCUGUGAGGCUGUCCAUCAUGAAGAAGCGAGCCAACAAGGUGCUGGAGGAAGAGGAGACCUUGUGCUGCUGUGAGUAUGUGAACAGACUCGGAGAGCGCAGUCAUGUGGUAGCCUGCUGCUGUGACUGUGAGGACCUGGAUGACGCCUGUGACAGGUUUAUGAAGAGGGAGCCUCAGAAACCUGAAUCCCUGUCUCAUGUGGCUGAAGUCUUCACAGACCGGAUUCGUAUGCCCUGGCUCUGGGGCGGAGCCCGAAAAGUUGACCUGUCCAUCAUCCCUCCUCUUAUUCUCCUCCCGGUCCUGCUGCACUUAGCUGCUCUCCACUUCCUGCUCGGCAUGGCGAUUCUGACAGCUCUGCCUGGCCUGGUGCUGUGGUACUACUAUUUCACCCACCGCAAGAAAGGACAGACACUCUUCUUCCUCAGCCUGGCACUCUUCUCCCUGGCGUACAUGUACUACUUGUUCAUCACUUAUGUGCUUCCCAGUGGGGAUGUUAGCCUGGUCCAGCUAGCGGUGGUAACUGUAGGGGUCAUACUUACCCUGGUAGCUCUUGUCCACACCAAGAGAGAACCCGGAAUUGUGCGGCCAAACAAAGAGGCCGUCCACAGCACGGUGACGUAUUACAGCCCUCUGGCAGACAGAGACCCUGUCAUCAAUGGGGGGAGGCAGGACGUGACGAUGACAGUAGCCAACCGGGCGGGAUCGUCGGAGCAUGCGGGAGUGGAGCUGAAGGAAAGCAGCCAAAGGAACUGGUGUCCGGCGUGCAGAGUGGUGCGGCCCCCGAGGGCGGGACAUUGUCGGAUCUGUGGUGUCUGCGUGCUGCGUCUCGACCACCACUGUGUCUGGCUAAACAGCUGUGUCGGUCAGCUCAAUCACCGCAGCUUCCUGCUUACGCUCGUCCUCUUCCUGUUGACGUCCCUGUACGGGAUCAGCCUGGUGCUUCAGAGUGUGUGUCCAAAUCAACACCUCCUCACCGCCCUGCUCUACUGCCCGGGGGUCUACAACCAGUACAGCUCUGCACUUUGUUUCACCUGUGCGUGGUACAGCGGUAUCGUGACCUGUGGGCUGCUCCACCUGCUGGUGGUGCAGGUCAUCAACGUCAGCUACAACGUAACUGAGCGCGAGGCACGCAUUGCCCUGCGAGACAAAACCGCUCGCAGGGCCUACUGGGGACUCGUUGUGGACACCGGCGUCUACUCUCGAGGUUUCCGUGGGAACUGGGAAGAGUUCAUGACCAUGGGAGAAAAACUGAAUCCACCCUCUCCCGUCCCAACAGAACUAGUUGCCUUGCUGGAAGUUGACAUACAAGAAAAAUGUAAGAAUGAGUAAUUUGUUCUGGUCCUCCUAGGGACCUUUUUUCUGAGCACGGCGUCAGCAACAAGAUGACACCUCUGGAGUUGGUCAGUCCUGCACAAAAUGUGCAAAACAUCUUUUCAAGGAUGGUCUCUCUGCACACUCCUCCACAAACACUUAUCUGCAGUGUUCAAAAAGGAGGGAACCUGACCUGGAUUUGUGAACUGUGUCAUGGAUAUUUAUCACAUAUGAAUCAAACAUCAUGGCACAAGUAACAUAAUUAAAGUUCUACAGCUCACCAUUGCAACAUAAUAAAUGAUUGGAUAGUA